ACUUGUUCUUGUCAAAGUCGACCGGUAAUGGUGCGAGUUGAUGAGUGUUGAUGUUGAUUUUUAUUUUGGUUUAUGCACGAUUCUGCUCAUGUUACGAAGGUGAAGGUGGAUGAGGAUCGAUAAUGCCGAUUUUGAUUAAGCUUGCGGAUCAAUUGGAUUCAUCAUACGCCAUCAUCGAACUCCAGGGUGAUUUGAAAUCAAGCGGAGAUGAAUCCUAUGAAUCUCAGUACGUUGGCGAUCUGCACUUUACAAAAACCGGAACGCCGUUGUUGAUUAUCGGUCAUCAUUUGUUGCUUGGCAAGGAAAUGCCGCUGGAUCAUCCUUUGGCUUUACUUAAAAGGGAAAAAUCCGACGAUGAUACUGAGUUUGUUGUACAAACUAUAGUUACAAAAAAGAUUAUAUUCAAACAUCGGCCGAAGCCUAUUGUCGGAAUGUAAGUUCAUCUCUUAAAAAAGAAUUCACAAUUCAAACAUGUUAGAAAUAUUGGUCUUUUACACACAGAAUAAAACAUAACUUGUUACAGAAAA